UGCUCUCGCCCCGCUCUCCCUUGGCACCCCCGCAUGCAAAUUUCAGCCGGCACCAGGAAGUGAAGCCCAGAGGCUGCGAACCAACCGCUGCCGGCCCUCCGGGGUUCCUCCGCCGGCCGUCCCCCCCUCUCCCGGCCGGCGGGGCAGCAGCUGCCGCUCCCCGCUCCUAGCGCCGGCCCCGCCGCCCCCGGGUCGCCCUGCUCGCCGCCCCGCCGGGAGCCGCUGAGUUCGCUCGCUGACGCUCAACUUGCGCACCCGCGAAGAAAUAUGGGAUGUAUAAAAUCAAAAAGGAAAGAGAAUCUGCAUGGAGAUGGGCUAGAUUUGAAGAACCAACCAGUACGUAAAACUGAACGAACUAUUUAUGUGAGGGAUCCAACGUCCAAUAAACAGCAAAGGCCAGCAAACCACGAAGCCCAGCUCUUACCAGGCCAGAGGUUUGUCAGUGAAGAAUCAGAGGAGCCUGGAGUCAUUGUGGUGGCUUUGUAUCCCUAUGAUGGCAUUCAUGAAGAUGACUUGUCCUUCAAAAAGGGAGAAAAAAUGAAAGUUAUUGAGGAGCAGGGGGAGUGGUGGAGGGCGAAAUCUCUCACGACCAGGAAGGAAGGCUUCAUUCCCAGCAACUAUGUAGCUAAAGUAAACACCCUGGAAACAGAAGAAUGGUUCUUCAAAGACAUAACCAGAAAAGAUGCUGAAAGACAGCUGCUGGCCCCUGGGAAUAGUCCUGGAGCUUUCCUUAUCAGGGAAAGUGAGACAUUAAAAGGCAGCUAUUCUCUCUCCAUAAGAGACUAUGAUCCACAGCAUGGUGAUGUCAUUAAGCACUACAAAAUUAGGAGCCUGGACAACGGAGGGUUUUACAUCUCACCCAGGAUAACUUUCCCCAACAUCAAUGAUAUGAUCAAACAUUAUCAAAAGCAAUCAGAUGGCUUGUGCAGAAAGCUGGAAAAAGUUUGCAUCAGCCCCAAGCCUCAGAAGCCAUGGGAUAAAGAUGCCUGGGAAAUUCCACGGGAAUCCAUUAAACUGGUGAAGAAACUUGGAGCUGGUCAGUUUGGAGAGGUCUGGAUGGGUUACUACCAUAACAGCACAAAGGUGGCAGUGAAGACUCUGAAGCCUGGGACAAUGUCUGUGCAAGCCUUCCUGGAGGAAGCCAACCUCAUGAAGACCCUCCAGCACGACAAGCUGGUCAGGCUUUAUGCUGUAGUCACCAAAGAAGAACCUAUUUAUAUCAUAACAGAAUUCAUGGCAAAAGGAAGUUUGCUGGAUUUCCUGAAGAGUGAUGAAGGAAGUAAACUGCUGCUUCCCAAGCUAAUUGACUUCUCUGCUCAGAUUGCAGAAGGCAUGGCCUACAUAGAGAGAAAAAAUUAUAUCCAUCGAGAUCUGAGAGCAGCAAACGUUCUGGUUUCGGACUUACUGAUGUGCAAGAUCGCUGACUUUGGGCUGGCGAGAGUCAUCGAAGACAACGAAUACACGGCCAGGGAAGGUGCCAAGUUCCCUAUUAAAUGGACAGCACCAGAGGCAAUCAACUAUGGAUCUUUCACUAUUAAAUCUGAUGUGUGGUCAUUUGGGAUUCUCCUGUAUGAAAUUGUCACAUAUGGAAAGAUUCCUUAUCCAGGGAUGAGCAAUUCGGACGUGAUGGUCGCUCUUCAGCGCGGGUACCGGAUGCCGCGCAUGGAAGCCUGUCCGGCCGAGCUUUAUGAGAUCAUGAAAACCUGCUGGAAAGACAAGGCAGAAGAGAGGCCAACGUUUGAUUAUCUACAGAGUGUGCUUGAUGACUUCUACACAGCCACAGAAGGGCAGUAUCAACAACAGCCAUAGAACAAAGGAGACUUUUUCUGUUGCCGUGGCUCAUUGGGACAGACUGCUCGAGCCAAUUACUUCAUGAGUUUGGAGGUCUGAACUGAGUGUGGAAGCUGAAACACUGCAGUUCUGCAGCAAAAUAAGGAUGGAUUUAUUUGGUUAAAACAGCUCCUCUAAAGCUUGACCUUCUCCUUAAAUGCUCUGUCUUUUGCAGCUGCAGAAACACCCCAAGGCAAGCAGGCUUUUCGGGGUGGGGCAGGAGAAGGAAGGAAAGUGAUCGUGGUGCAGUGUGGCAACACCUUCUCAGGAUCCAAGUCAUGCAAUACAUGACAAGGAGAGCUUUGUGGAAGGGGCAAGAAGAUGCACAAACAGCUGUCUGCAAAAGAACAAGUCAUGAAGGAGAACUUGCAGGUUUAACAUGCUGAUGUUCUUAAGGUGUUGG